CAGUUAGAAAUGUGGCGGAAGUAUAUACAAUGGGAGAAGACGAACCCGUUGGGUACAGAGGAGUAUGCGCAGCAUGCGAAGAGAGUGAUUUACGCGUACGAACAGGCGUUGCUGUGUUUGGGGUACUAUCCGGAUAUGUGGUAUGAAGCUGCAUUGUUUCAACAACAGACCGCGUUGAUAUUGACCGAGAAGGGGGAUGUUAAACUGGCGGCGCAGAUGAAUAACGAUGUGGCGCAGCUGUUCGAGCGUGCGAUUAGUGGGCUGUUGGGCGAUAGUCAGCUGCUAUUUUUUGCAUAUGCGGAUUUUGAGGAGGAGAGGAUGAAGUACGAUAACGUGAAGAAGAUUUAUAAUAAAUUACUGGCGAUAGAGGAGGCUGAUCCGACUCUGGUGAGUUUUGGGUUUUUUAUGGUACCUUUUAUUAAUUUUAGGGCAUAUAUACAGUUUAUGAAG